AUGCAUAUUACCAAAUUUUUUGCGGCUUUUCUUGCCUUGGCUGGCGGAUUUUACACUAGCUCAGCAGACGUUCCUAAAGUAAAUAAAGCAGGAUUGCAAGAAUUAUUGAGUGCUGAUGCCCUAUUUAUGACUAAAUUUUAUGCUCCUUGGUGUGGUCAUUGUAAAGCAUUGGCCCCCGAGUACGAAUCGGCUGCCGAAGAGUUAGAGAAAGACAAUAUCUCUAUGAUCGAGGUUGAUUGUACAGAGGAGGCUGAUCUUUGUAAUGAAUACAACAUCCGCGGUUAUCCUACCCUUACAGUAUUCAAAAACGGAGACGUCAGCAAUCAAUAUUCUGGUCCUCGUCGCCAUGAUGCUCUUGUUAAAUACAUGAAGAAGCAACUCCAACCUGUUGUCCAGAGUGUUACCAAGGAUAAUGUUGAGACUUUUACCGAAACCAGCGAAGACUUGGCCGUCAUUGCAUUCUUUGAUGAUGAAAAGCAUAACGCUACUUACACUGAUGUCGCUGACAACUUACAGGAUAGUUUCGCUUUUGCUGCUUCUUCUGAUAAGAACUUGGCCAAAUCUUUGGAAGUCCCUUUCCCCGGAAUCGUUGCCUUCACUAAGGAUCCAGCACAAGACACUAACAAGAUAGUCUACGAGGGCCAAUGGCAAAAGGGAGACAUUGCUGACUUUUUGGGCUUUUCCAGUAUCCCUUUGUUGGACGAAUUAAACCAAAUGACUUUUCAGAGAUAUCAUAGCAGCGGACUUCCCUUGGGUAUUAUUUUUUACAACAGUACCGAAUCUCGUGAUGAAUUAUACAACGUGUUUCAACCUAUUGCUAAGCAAUACCAAGACACCGUUCGUUUUGCCUUUUUGGAUGCUUUGCGCUAUGGUGCCGUUGCUAAGCAAAUGAACAUUGAGUCCAACUGGCCUGCUUUUGUUAUUACUCAUUUGGACAAGUUCCUCAAGUUCCCUUACCCUACUUCUGACUUGACUAGCAAGAAUAUGGAUAAGUUCGUCAAGGAAUAUUCUGAUGGAAAACUCCAACCUAAGAUUAAGAGUCAACCUGUCCCCGAAUCACAAGGCGAUUUGACUGUGGUCGUCGCCGAUAAUUAUAAUCAGGUAGUAAUGGACUCCACUAAGGAUGUUCUCGUUGAAUUUUACGCCCCCUGGUGUGGACAUUGCAAGAAUCUUGCUCCUACUUUUGAGUCUUUGGCUGAAGAAUAUGCCGACAACAAAAAUGUGGUAGUAGCUAAAGUUGACGCGACUGAGAAUGAUCUUGACGUUUCUAUUUCUGGUUUCCCUACUAUUAUGCUCUUUAAGGCUAACGAUAAGAAGAAUCCUCUCUUUUACGAAGGUAAUCGUAGCUUGGAUGACUUGUUAUCUUUUAUCGAAAAGCAUUCCUCUUUUAAGUCUACUUCUGAAACUAAAGCUGAAGACGCCAAUGAAACAAAAGAAACUUCUAAGGGGAGUGGAGAGGAAGAAGCAUACAAUGAGUUGUAA